AUGAGAAACAAUACAAAAUCCCCGAGGAUAUUUGUGCAUCGGCCUCCAGACCAGACAUAUUUCUAUAUUCGCGUACAUAUUUUAAAGCGCGUUGUGAUGAUAGAGCUUACGGUGCCUUGGGAAACCAACAUCCCCAAAGACCAUGCCAUCAAGGUCAAUAAGUAUUACGAGCUCACUAACGAACUAACUCGAAAUAGGUUCGUCGUUGAUUUGUACGCGGUACAGGUGGGAGCGAGAGGUAUAACAGCUAAAUCUCUCUAUAACCUACUAAAAGACUUGGGCCUGUCCAGAACUAACAUUAAUUCAUUCUUGGAACGUACGUCGAAGGCAGCCCUAGUAGGUUCUUUUCAAAUUUGGUUAGGUAGGGAGAGGAACUUGGACAGUGGAGGUGAGCGUAUAACGCGCGUUAGUUAA